AUGAGAUUUCUCCUUCUCUUGACCUGGCUUUUCAUAGGCGCAGCAUCCUCAGCACGAGUCACAAACCCAAAGAAAGUCCCUCGCGAUGCGGUCCUGCUCUCCAAAGUCUCUGCGCUCACCGUCCGCGCUGGUAAACAGACUUCAUCCCGCCGUGUUCCAGCUGUUCCUCAAUUACUAUGUGUUGGUCCGUCGAAGAUCUGCAAUUUAUACACCGUUGAUGUGAUGCGCUGUACGAACGAAGGCGUCGAUUACGAUGAAAACAACGUACAAUGGAGCUGCAAGGCAUCCUUGCCAGAAGAUUUUAAACUGGGAAGUACAGAUGUCAUCUGCGAGGGUUACGAGAGCAGCGACGAUCCCUACGUCCUGAAGGGUAGUUGCGGGGUUGAGUACCGAUUGUUGCUCACUGAGAAGGGUGAGGAGAAAUACGGCUCAUCGACCAACUUUGGUUCGGGUCUGAUGGACAAGAAUACGACUUCAGGAACCCUCAUAAGUUGGGUGUUCAUGGCUGUCUUCUUCAUCGUGCUGUUUAUUAUCAUACGGGGGUUUUGGAUGGCUUGGAGAGACCAGACCCCUCAUAGACGACGACCUCGAGGCGGCGGAUACGGUGGCUUUGGAGGAGGUGGUGGCGGCGAUGAUGACCCCCCGCCACCUUAUGAUCCUCGCCCUCCUCGCCCUAAGAAGCCUGCGUUCACAUCUAGUUCGAGUGCUGGUUCUAGCUCUACAAGACCUGCACAGCCUCGGCAGGAAGAAGGCUGGCGACCAGGGUUUUGGACGGGAACUGCCGCAGGUGCUACCGCAGCCUAUCUCGCUUCGAGAGGUACCCAGACAGCGCCACAGCCACCACGAAGAGACAACGGGUGGUUCGGUAGAAGGAGAGAUGAUGACUGGUUCGGAGGCGGCAACAACAACAAUAACGGUCAAGGUGGUUGGUUUGGUGGCGGAAAUAGAGCAGCUGCUCCGCCUAGGCAGUCCUCUUGGGGAUCUGGAACCGAAAGUGCAAGCCCCUCGACGACUCGUCACACAAGUACGGGAUUUGGAGGGACUAGCAGGCGUUGA